CGUCUUCCGGUUUCGUCCUGCUGCUCUCCAUCUUGACGCAGUAGGACAACGUUAGCUAGCUAUGUAGCAACAACACUGUUAGCGAUGCGUUUCAGGUCUUGCUAGCCUCUGACAGAAUGAGAUAAGAUGGAAACGGCAGCGACGGACUCGUCUGCGGCCGAGGAGGACGAGUGUUCAGACUCAGAGGUUUUAUGUUUGAUGAGAGUCGGAAGAAACUCAGACUGGCUUCGCUUGUCCGAAAACACUGAGGUCACCAUAGGACGUGGUCUGGAUGUGACCCACCAGCUGUUGUCUCCAAGUUGUCCUCUGAUGAUCUCCAGACUGCACUGUACUAUAAAGCAAAGGGACGAUGGGAAGUGGACAGUGACAGACAAAAAAAGUCUGAACGGCGUGUGGGUGAAUGGAAACCGCAUACCUGCUGAAGAAGCCCAUCAGCUGAGGCUCGGAGACUCCAUACAACUCGGGGUUCCUGUGAUUGGAACAGAAGUGGAGUUUGACUACAUCUUCGUCCAGCGGCCCCUUAAAGACAUUAAGCACUACUUGGCAAAGGGACAUAAAGAAGGCGCUAAAGCAGCGCUCGUUUCCAAGAAGCCUAAGAGAAAGUUGAAUGUGGAAGAAGUUGAGCCGUCUACCUCAAAGCCAAAGCUCUACCGCUGCUCUUCUGCAGACAAGUCCUUUGCAAAGCCCUGCCCUCUGUCACCAGUGAAACGGCAGCAGAGGCUAUGUCACUCUCAGUUAGAGGAAACUGGAACCAGCAGACAAGUCCAGGAAGUAGACCGGCCCUCAGAUGGCUCCAACACUCCCUUUGACCUGGACAACUUGCAGAUGUACAGCCAGAACAUCCUGAGGUUGAGGGAGCAGGUGGAUGACACCCAGAGGCAGGUGGCCUCUCUGGGGGGAGAGCCGCGGCAGGCUGACCCUCUCAGGGAGGAGCAUGUCAGGGAGCUGCAGGUUCAGCUGGAGAUGCUCAGAGCCAAGAUGCACCGGAUGGAGACGUUAGAGAAGUCUUUCAGUAGAACUAAGAGGCAGCUAGAGGCACAGAAAACAAAGCAACAAGAGGAGCUUUUGAAAAAACAGUUGGAAGAGGCCUUGCAAGAGCAAAAGAAAGUAAUAGAGGAACUAGCCCUUUCUCGGGAAGGCUUUGAAGAGAUUCUCUUGGCCAAAAACAAAGAGCUGGAAGUUACAAAGGAGGAGAAAGAAAAGGCCAGGGCCCAAAAGGAAGAAGUAGUUACACAAGUGACUGAAGUUUUGGAGAACGAGCUUCAGUGCAUCAUUUGCUCCGAGCUUUUCAUUGAAGCAGUCAUCCUGAACUGCGCUCACAGCUUCUGCAGUCACUGCAUUAAGCAGUGGCGCAAAAAGAAAGACGAGUGUCCCAUCUGCCGACAGGCCAUCCAAUCUCAGACUCGCUGUCUGGCCCUGGACAACUGCAUCGACAGCAUGGUGGAAAACCUCAGCCUGGACAUGAAGUCGAGGCGUCAGACUCUCAUCACCGAGAGGAAAGCUGACUCCGCUCAGGUGAUGGUGAUCCACGAUGACGACAGCAGCAGAAGCAGCCGGAGCAGCGACAGCGAUGGCAGUAUGGUGUCCAUCGAUAGUAGCCUGAGCUCUGUGGUCUCUUUGGAAACGGACAGUAGUCCAUCUGCCAGCUUUUUAGAAUCCAAAUCUGAAGACCUCAGGAGGUUAAGGAGGAUCAUUGCUGAAGAUCCAGACUGGUCCCUGACUAUAGUGCCUGGUUUAUCAAACCUCUGUCUGCAAAGCAUUGUGAGGAACUUUGAGGAAAAGCCCAUAUUUGAAGACCUUUCACCUAUCCACAAAGACUUUGUGCAGGAGAGACUGUCUACGUCCCUGCCUCUGCACGUGACAGCCAACUUGAUCAGCGAUGGCGUCUAUUGGAAGCGGUGCUGCGAGCAGCGGUGGGACAUCUGUGACCUCACUGACUAUGGCAACAGCUGGAAACGAAUGUUCCUAGAGAGGCACAUGGAGAACAUUAUUGAGCUUUUUAUCCCAGAUGUAACACAGUCGAAGACAGUUCUAGAGAUGGUACCUCUUUGUAGGAACUAUGUCAAGAGACUUGACAUCUCCCAACUCCUGCCGCCUAUCAAGGAGCCCCAGAAGGAGGAGGAGGAAUAUGGUUCAGAGUUGGCAAGUGACAAUGAGUAUGACGGACCGUCUAUGGACCACUUUGACUUUAACAUCCUGCUGAACAAGUUGACACAACUAGAAGAGCUCCAUUUAGUGUACAGGGUCAAACAAUGUGGUAUGAACUUUGAAUGGAAGAUGUUUGAGAUGACCGACAGAGAUUGUGAGUCCCUCGCCAAGGCCCUUGUGUCCUGCAAGACUUUGAAGCUUCUGAGGCUCCAUCAAAGCCACAUUGAGGAUAAAAAAUGCCGGCUGCUUGUGAAAUACCUUUUGGACCACCCGUCCCUGAGGGAGCUCGACUUCUCUCACAACGUGAUCGGAGACAAAGGAGCCAGAGCCAUUGGCAAACUGCUCACUAGAAAUAAACUGGAGACCCUGAACAUGUGUGACAACAAUAUCAGAGGCCCGGGAGCUAAAGCUAUAGCUCAUGCCUUGUCCAUGAACUCCACCCUUUUGUCACUCAACCUGCGUCUCAACUGUUUGACGGAUGAGGGGGGGCAGGCUAUUAGUAAGGCCUUGCUGAACAACAACACCCUGGUUCACCUGCACCUGGGAGGCAAUGAGUUAACAGGGCCCACUGCCAUCGCUCUGUCUAAGGUUCUAGUUCAGAAUAACACCCUGAAGAGCAUCAAUCUCUCCUGCAACAACCUAGGCGUGGAUGGAGGUAGAGCUCUGGAGGAGGCCAUGUCUCACAACACCAGCGUGACAGAAUGUGAUAUCCGUCUGACAGAGGUUGACGAGCAGACCGUUUCCAUCAUCAACCAGGUGGUUUGGACCAAUCAGAGUUUAGAACAAAAGAGACAUGCUCGGGAGCGCAAGACCAAGUGA